AUGGAGCUGCUCUCUGGGUCUCUCUUCCUGCUCCUUUGUGUCUGUGGCGUCUUAUUCCUGGGCUUGGCAUGCAAGGGCAAAGACAGCAAAGGCCGUCUGCCCCCUGGGCCCACCCCGCUCCCCAUCCUGGGGAAUUUUCUCCAACUGGACCCAAACAACAUGCUCAGAUCCCUGGAGAAGAUCUGUGAGAAAUAUGGUCCUGUCUACACCAUCUACUUAGGGCCCCGCCGUGUUGUGGUCUUGUGCGGAUACGAUGCCGUCCUCAAGGAGGCUUUGAUUGACAAGGCAGAGGAGUUCAGCGGCCGAGGAGACUUCCCCGCCGUCCAGAUGUGGAGCAAAGGGAACGGGAUCGUGUACGGCACUGGGGAGCGCUGGAGGCAGCUGCGCAGGUUUGCCAUCAGCACCUUCAAGAACUUUGGGAUGGGGAAGAGAUCCAUUGAGGAGCGGAUCAAGGAAGAGGCUCAGUUCCUGGUGGCUGAGUUCCACAAAACUGAAGGCAAACCCUUUGACCCCACCUUCUUCCUGAGUUGCGCCGGCUCCAACAUCAUCUGCACCUUAGUUUUUGGGGACCGCUUUGAAUACACGGACAAGAAAUUCCUCAUGUUGCUGGAUCUUAUCAACAGCAACUGGAAGCUCAUGAGCUCCACCUGGGGACAGAUGCUCUUCAGCUUCCCGAAGAUCAUGAAGUACGUCCCUGGGCCUCACCGCCAGAUCUACAAAAACUACCUGAAGCUGGCCAAGUUUGUAGGCGAGCGGCUGGAGAUGAACCGACAAACUCUGGACGUCAACAACCCCCGGGAUUUCAUCGACUGCUUCCUCAUCAAAAUCCAGCAGGAAAAAAACAACCCGGACACACACUUCAACGAAGACACCAUGUCGAAGACCACGGUGAACCUCUUCUUUGCCGGGACGGAGACGGUCAGCUCCACCUUGAGAUACGGGCUCCGAAUUCUCAUGAGACACCCUGAGGUGGAAGAGAAGCUCCACGAAGAGAUUGACCGGGUCAUCGGGGUGAACCGCAGCCCCUGCAUGGAGGACAGGAGCCGGAUGCCCUACACGGACGCCGUCAUCCACGAGAUCCAGCGCUACGCCGACAUCGUCCCCAUGGCGGUGCCCCACACCGUCACGCGAGAUGUCGAGUUCCGUGGAUACACCCUCCCCAAGGACCUCAACAUCAUCCCCCUGAUCUGCACAUCUCAGUUUGAUCCCACGCACUUCAAGAAUCCAACCUCCUUCGACCCGACUCAUUUCCUGGACGAAAACGGGCGGUUCAAGAAGAACGAUGCCUUCAUGGCUUUCUCGGCAGGGAAGCGGGUGUGCCUGGGAGAAAGCCUGGCUGUCAUGGAGCUCUUCAUCUUCCUCACCACCAUCCUGCAGAACUUCAAGCUGAAGCCCUUGAUGAAACCCGAGGACAUUGACAUCACACCGGAGUCCACAGGGCUGGGGAGCAUCCCUCGGCCCUACCAGUUCUGCCUCAUCGCCCGGUAAAAGGACACUGCGCUCGAAGGCCAGGCUGCUCACCCACCCCCUGCAGCCAAACAUAGAAUCAUGGAAGUGUAGAGUCAGAAGGGACCCCGAGGGUCAUCUAGUCCAACCCCCUG